AAACCACCGGCAAAUUACUGGUCUUGUUGAUGGUUUUCUCCAAAACUUCAGCUCCUUUCCAAGUAUCCAGCUUUCCAAUCCCUCUCUCCCCUGUAUAUAAAAAAGCCCAUCCAUAUAAUUUUCUAUAUCAAGCACAUAUCCUUAUCGGAUCAGUUGUAUUCUCUACACAAAGUUUGCAAUUCCUUUUUCUCUAAUUUCAAGAGCAAAUCAGUCUGAUUGUGAAGACUUGCACGAAGAAGAUGAGUUCAACAAGCAGAGCUAUUGUAGCAGCCAGCGUAGGAGUCGUGGAGGCCAUGAAGGACCAGAUGGGCAUCUGCAGAUGGAAUUAUAUUAUAAGAUCUGCGCAACAAAAUACCAAGAACCAUCUCCGGUCGGUAUCUCAGGCAAAGAACCUCUCCUCUUCAACUUCUGCAGUGGUUUCAAGCAAAGUAAGAGAUCAGGAGAAAAUGAAGAAGUCAGAAGAGUCGUUGAGGACAGUCAUGUACUUGAGCUGUUGGGGUCCCAAUUGAGGCUUUGAGGUCAGCUGAAGAAAGCAUGCCACUGAGUUCUCGGAGAACGUCGUUGCCUGAAGGGAAAUGUCAGUCCGAGCUUGUCAUAGCGGAAGUUUUAGACUUGACAUGGCAUUUGGUUGAUGCAAAAUUAUUAAUGUAAAUUGUGAUCAACUGCUGUACGUAAUGGGUAAAUGCUCCAUUAUAUCAACCAUACCUCAAUUAGAGCUUGCUCUAUUUAUUUUGGUUUCAA